AUGGAUCCUGUUGCCAACACUCAUGGCUCUGGGGGAAAAGGGGAUCCCAUGGUCAUUUCUUCGUCUGAGGAGAGCGACUUUCCUGACAUUGAGGAAUUUCUUGAUGGCGAGGGUACUGUUGAUGCUGCUUCUGCUGGUAGUGGCAAACCAGUGGCCUCAGGAGGGGAUCCGUGGAGUUGGAUGAUGGAUUCCUUUCUGACACUCCCUCUCUUGACUGAAUGGUUCCUUGUGACUUCGUAUGUACAGCGCCGCAAUCACCCCAACACGGGCAAUGUUGCGAUCAUUACCGCGCACUACGCAGUAAUCAAGCAUUGGACCUCCAUCUGCCCUCUCACCAAAAACAAGUACAUGCUGGAUACUCCUCUCGGUCUCUGCAACGCUCGCAACGCCGUUCAGGCCGCGGCCGUUGCCCUUAUUUCUGCCAGAAACCCCAAUAAUCAUCAGCAGAGAGUUUGUCUCCUUCGUCGUACUGCUACGGCCUUCCUCACGGUCAUGCGUUCCCGCUUGGAGUCCGACGGUCUCCCGCUCAACCCGUCCGCCCUGGCGCGUGACCCCGGCAUGAAGGCACCUCGAAAAAAUCGAGCGAGAAUUGAGGUGGAUACCCAAACUGAGGCUCUACAAGGAGUCAUUCCUCUCCAAGCCCCUGGGAAGAAACACCUGGAAAUCAGCGGAGCUCCCGCUGAUGAGCUUGUCGUUGUCAUUGGCGAACUCUUGUGGACCACUCCUAUUAGUGGUACUAAUGGAGGUACCUCUACUGUGCCACCUCCUUCAAAGCAAAGGCCCAGCCAGGCCCAGGCAUCAUAUGUGGUUGUCCGGCUGGUUGGUUUUAAAUUCAACCAAGAAAGAGGCAAUUUCUAUGCCAUCAACACCACCCAACAGACUUGGACCAUCCAAGCUCUCCCAGGCACCAUUAGUCCGUACGUUGCGUGGUAUAAGGAAUGGACCGGAUAUCCUGUCCAACAAGAUGACCAAUUGAAGCGAGACGCCCAAUGGACAGAUGUCGACAUAGCCGCCCUCGCUUUCGGUCAAGCUCACUCGGCAGAAGAAGGCGCUCGCGCCGGAAGGACGGCCGCGCCCGCCCACACCGAGGGUAUUUUUGCUCAACAUACGGUUAUCAGAUCAGAUCCGACUAGCCGAGAAAGAAGGUCGACCACCUCCACCAGAAAACGAGAAGGUUAA